GCAGCCUCUCAGCCCCGCGACCCCCAGCCUCGCUGUCGCCCCCCCAGCGCCUGGACCCCAGGGUCCUCGGCACGGAUGCGGCCUCGCCGCUCACCACGGUGGUGCUGCCCCCCCAGCCCACCACCCCGGGGGGCCCCGGCUUCCUCACCACCCCCCCGGGCUCCACCGCUGCCCCCCUGCGCCUGCUGCCCCCUCCCGCAGGGGGCGAUGAAGGGGGCCAUGUCGCCAUGACAACCUACGUCCCAGAGGGCGAUGAGGAAACCACGACAACGCUCAUCACUACGACGACCAUCACCACGGUGCACGCGCCUGUCCUUUGCAAUAACAACAUCUCGGAGGUGGAGGGUUACGUGGAGUCCCCGGACUACGUGGGGGCCGCGUUCGAUGGGGGGCUGGACUGUACCUACAGCAUCCGAGUCUACAUGGGCUACGGGGUUGAGGUGCAGGUGCAGACCCUGAACCUGUCCAAGGACGACUCCCUCACCGUGGAGGGGCUGGGCGGCGAGACGCCGGCCGUCCUGGCCAACGAGUCCCUGAUGGUGGAGGGUCAGGUGAUCCGCAGCCCGACCAAUCAGGUGCUGAUUCACUUCCAGAGCUACCACGCCCCCCCCCCCAGCGUCUUCAAGUUCCACUACCAGGCCUUUCUGCUGAGCUGCGGCUUCCCCGGCCGGCCAGAGAACGGGGACGUGAGCGUCACCGACCUGCACCCGGGCGGCGCCGCCACCUUUAAGUGCGAGCCGGGCUUCCGCCUGCGGGGGGAGGAGACGCUGGUCUGCCUCAACGUCAGCCGCCCCCGCUGGAGCGGGGCCAGCCCGGCCUGUGGGGGUGAGCCCCGCCGGGGCAGGGGCGGGGGGCUGGGGGGCCUGCAGGGGCUGGUGAUCCGCAGCGGCAGCAGCCGACUCUCCCCCCUGAUCUACGACUCGGACAUGGACGACGUGCCGGAGCGGGGGCUGCUGAGCGACGCCCAGUCCCUCUUCCUGGAGCUGGUGUCCGAGAGCCCCAGCGCCCCCCUCAUCCUGGGGCUGCGCUACGAGGCCUUCGACGAGGACCGGUGCUACGAGCCGUUCCUGGCGCACGGGAACUUCAGCACGUCGGACCCGCUGUACCGCGUGGGGGCGCAGGUGGAGUUCGCCUGCAGUGCCGGGUACGUGCUGGAGCCGGGUCCCGCCACCAUCGAGUGCGUCGACCCCUCGGACCCGCAUUGGAACGAGAGCGAAGCCACCUGCAAAGACCCCCCACUCCCACACAGCCUAAACAUCCGGAAGAGCGACGUGCUGACGGUGCUGGACGGCGAGGACCUGACGGGCCGGGUGCUGGGGCAGUACAUGGGUGCCCACCCCCGCUUCCGCCUCUACACCUCGGCCAGCGCCGCCACCCUGCAGUUCCAGUCGGACCCCAGCGACCCCCUCUUCGGCCUCAGCCAGGGCUUCCUCAUCCGCUUCUCUGAGGUGCCCCGGAACGACACAUGCCCAGAGCUGCCAGAGGUGGAGUUUGGCUGGCGCACGGCCUCGCAUGCGGCUGCCAUCCGGGGCACGGUGCUCACCUACCAGUGCGAGCCGGGCUACGACAUCGUGGGCUCUGACAUCCUCACCUGCCAGUGGGACCUGGCCUGGAGCAACAGCCCCCCCACCUGCCAGAAGAUCGUGAACUGUGCUGACCCGGGGGAGAUCGCUAAUGGGAAGCGAAGCGUCUCAGACCGACGCUUCUCCAUUGGUUCCCACGUCCAGUACUUCUGCCACGAGGGCUACGUGGUGGAGGGGAGCAGCACCCUGACCUGCUACAACCGCGACACUGGAACCCCCAAAUGGAGCGACCGCGUCCCCAAGUGUGUCUUGAAGUACGAGCCGUGUCUGAACCCCGGCGUGCCCGAGAACGGCUACCAGACACUCUACAAGCAUCACUACCAGGCGGGCGAGUCGCUGCGUUUCUUCUGCUACGAGGGCUUCGAGCUCAUCGGGGAAGUGACCAUCACCUGCGUCCCAGGGCACCCGUCCCAGUGGACCAGCCAGCCACCCCUCUGCAAAGUGGCGUAUGAGGAGUUACUGGAUGACCGGAAGCUAGAAGGUCAUUUAAAUUACAGGCACAAGGGGCUCAUCACCCAGACGACAGACCCCUCCCACCAGAUGGAGGGGGGUAACAUCGCCCUGGCGAUCUUCCUGCCAAUCAUCCUGGUCAUUCUCCUGAUUGGUGGCAUUUACGUCUAUUACACCAAGUUCCAGGGCAAGUCCUUGUUCGGCUUCUCGUUCUCCAGCUCCCACAGCUACAGGCCCAUCACCGUGGAGUCCGACUUCAGCAACCCCCUCUACGAGGCUGGGGACACCAGGGAAUACGAAGUGUCCAUCUGACGGGGCCCUGUCCCCCGUCCGGAGCGAGGGGGCGUCUUGCAGAAGGGAAGAGACGACGUGGGGGGGUAAAGGGGGGCAGCGCGUGGAGGAGGGGCCAUGUCCUAUCUCUCUGCUCACGCCAUCCCAGAAUGCCUUGCUCCCCCCCACCUCCCCUCCCACUUUGUACAUAUCCAGGUCCAUGUGCCAACGCUCACAGUUUUCUGCUUCGGUAAUUAAUUAAUUUAUAACCCCGUCCCCAGUUAUUUAUUUAUUUAUUUAUUUAAUUUAUUUAUUUACUCAACCAUGGCUGGCAAGGGUGGGCGGGGGGAGGGGGCUGUCCUGCCGUCCCGCCCCCCAAUCCCCCUUCUUGGGUGGUGGGAGCUGCCGACCCUACAAAAACAACUGUUGUCGGAAACCCUACAGUAACAAACAACCCCACACAGCCCUGCGGCUCUCAGGAGGCCCUACAAUAAUGUAGGCCCACUCUGCAAUAACCAUGCACAAAGCCCUGCGGCUCACAGGGCCCUGUAGUAACCAGGGAGUGCCGCCGCCUUGAGGUUUGCAGGAGACCGUACAAUAAUAUAUUAGCACGCAGAGUUCUGGAGCAUGUAGCAGACCGCCUGAGAGACCACCCAAUAACAAACCAGGCCUCUUCCCCCCCACCCCCGCCUUGUGACGCUGACCUUCCCUUUAAGGAAAAAGCCAGAGGAUAUUUAUCCCUUGCUCCUUGUCAGGAUCUCCUUAAAUGAUAAAUACCUUCCCGUGUUUUAUACCGUAUCCCUUUAAGGGCAUUCAGGGUAGGAGGCUGUAGCUGUUUAAAGGUAAAAAUAAUUCCCCAUUGCUCCUUUUAGGCAUAAAAUGCAGGGGAGAGACAGUUACUCCUGAACUCAUCCCUUUAAGGGUAAAAGAGGCAGGAGGGCAUUUAUUUUCACAAUGCUCCUUUAAGGCUAAACAUAAUUCUUAAUCAUUACCUUUAAGAGUAAAAUACUGGCCCACAGAUACUCCUGAACCCACCCCUUUAAGGAGUCAAAAAAGAGACAGGAGGACACUGAGUUAAACAUCAUCCCUUUAAGGAUAAAACAUAUUUAGAACUGACCCCUUCCCCUUUAAGGGUUAAAACACAGGAGGAUAUUUAGUUGAACAGCAUCCCUUUAAGGAUAAAUGCAGGGGGGAUAUUUACUUCUAUAUUCACCCCCAUGAGGAUAAAAAACAGGAGGACACUUAUCCUUAAAGGGAUGCUAUUCAAAGUGUCCUCCUAGCUGUGUUAUUCUUAAAGGGAUGGGUACAGCCGUGUAUACCCCCCUGCGUUUUGUCCUUAACGGGACGUUGCCAGAAUGAAAUGAAGGGAGACAGUGACAUUGCCUUUAAAGAGUGACAUGUAGGAGGAUACAUAUUCCUCUGCUACGUCCCUUUAAAUGCCUUUCAACCCGGGGAGACGGGGGCGGGGGGGGAGAAUCGGCUCUUCCCUGACACACCCGGGUCCCUGGUGGCUCACCCUGGGGGGUGGUUAGGCCCCUUCCCCUCCCAUGCCCCCCCUUCUACCCCUUCCCCCCAUUGUCCUGUUUUUCCAUUUGCUUUUAUUUUGGAGCAAUAAAUAAACUGCACCAUUUGUAAAAGCC